GUUGCUGCCCGGUCGUCGAGACUCGGCACCGAGCUGCGCCGGCGAAAGCUGUCACCGUCUUGCCAGGUACAUCUCGGAGUCCCUCCAAGAUGGCGACCCCUGUGACAACUUCUACGAGUAUGUGUGCUCGAACUGGAGCGCCACCUACCAACUACAUGGCGAGGCCGUGUACUCCGAGGCUGUCAUGAGCACCCGCGAACUGGAAGACCAGUUGACGGCCAUGCUCGCGGCUGGCACUGAAGACACGAGUAGCCGCGCCAUGUUCGACCUGUACAAUGCCUGCUUGAACAUGUCCUCCUCUGGUCCAGAAACGCUCGUCUUCCAGGAGAUCCUGGACAGCGUCGGCCUCAACGGAUUUCCCUAUGCCUGGAGCCUCGCCAGUUCAGCUGCUGUUGCCGGCAGGCUUCUGCGAGUCACCGGCGUCGCGCCCUUUGUACACAUAAGCUGACAGACAAAGGAAUCAAGCUGUACGGGGCGCCCACACUCUUCCCGGACUUUGUUUACGUGGCCAACGCGCAUCGCGGUUGGUAUAUAGACGCGGCGCGCCGUAUUGCCCGCAUGUCUAUGCCAGAGCUCUUCGAUUUCGAGCAGGAACUCGUGGCACUCCUCAGCGCGCCUGUCGAAGAGUACUCGACGGUGACCGUAAAAGAGCUCGAGUCGACUGCGGAGUGGAACUGGGCAGAGUUUUUGACGAACGCUAUGUUCGGCAUCCGUACAAUUACAACCGCUACCAAGGUGACGUACGAGCCGAAGCGCAUCGGAGUUGGCUUGCUCGGGCUCGUGUCCUCCGCGAAGCCAGCGCUGGUGCUCAACUAUCUGGCGUUUCGACUGGCGCUAGCGUAUGCGCCGAUGCUGCCGGGCAAGCGGUUCAGGAAGUUGAGCGACGUGGCAGUCACGCAUACGGUCGGCUGGGAAGACGGCUGGAGUGCGCGUCGCAGCCAUGUCUGCACCGUAAUAGCAGCGCGAGCUGAACCGGGACUCGCAGCUUAUCUGCUGGUCACCCAGUCGAAACACGACGAGAACGAGCCUGUGCUCAGAAGCAUGGCGGAACACGCCAAGAGGGACGUUCUCGAUUUCCUCGGCGAGAUGUCUUGGGUGACGACGUCGUUCCUGGCAAAACUAGAGCACCGCGUCAAGAAGCUCAAAACAGCAUUCUUCACGCCGGCCGAGUGGAGGAAGUUCGCGUUCCGUGCGUCUCAGUGCCGUCCGUUCAGCUGCGCUUCGGCUGGCCAUCGAGCGGUCGACGUCUUCCGGAAAAUUGUAGCGCAGCGCCAGCGUCGCCGCCUGGCGGCCAGCAGGCGGCCGUUUCCCGAUUAUCCGCUCGACCUGUUCGAGACCGAAAGUCGCGUGAUCGAUGACGGCACGCUGUUCGUGCCUCUUGGUGCAGUGCGCGGUGUUUAUCACCAGGAAGCCUUCUGGGAGUAUCACCUACCGCGCGUGCUCCUCCAGAUGAGUGCCGCUCUGCUGGACGUGUUUCGCGAGGUGUCGUUCCAGUUGCGCUCCAACUACACGGACUUGCACGACCGCUUCGCAGCCACAGAGACAUGCUUGCACGAGGCACGGUUGCCCAUGAGUGAGACCACGUCGGUGCCCUUCUCGUCGAAUGGCACGGCUCGGGAGGACGUGCGAGACCUGCUGGCUGUGGCGGCGGCGUUUCGCGCGUAUAGCCGGCUCAUCGGUAACGGCGGAGAAGGCACGUUGCCUGGUUUGCCGUUCAGUAAUGACCAGCUGUUCUUCGUUCACUUUGCGCUGAGUCGCUGCGAGAAAUACGACACCGCUUACGAAGACCAGCUACUGCGCCACGGACGCCGCGCCCACGCUGCCUACCGAGUCAACGGACCUCUGCGUCACUCGAUCAGCUUCAGCAGGGCCUUCCAGUGUCGCCGCGGCUCGUACAUGAACCUGCGGCGAAAGUGUGUCUUCUGAAACGUUGCGUGAAGAUCUUAUAGAGG